AUGCUUGUCGUGGACGAGGCGGACCUCGUGUUCCACUCGCCUGAGAUGCGCGGCGCGGUGACAGAUUUUGUCGCGGCCUACGCUAAAACGGAGGCGCCGCCAGCGAAGCGACGAAAGGCCACCGCCGGUGCGUCGCCCUCCCGCGUUGCGAUGGACGUGGCAUUCGUUGGGGCGACCGUCUCUACAUCUCGGGAGCUGCAGCAGUACGCGGGGACAAUUGGCGCGACACUGGGGUCGGAGAUGCACUCCGUGGUGAUGAACAGCACCGAGGAAUUUGUCACACAACUUCAGAAUCGAUAUGCUGUGUGCGAGGCGCACGAAUUCUUACCACUCUUUAUACAGCUCAUGAACAGGCAUGCUUCCAAGAAGAACUUUAUCUUCUUCAACAGCUCCACGACACUGCGAUUUGUGGAGAAGCUUUUUGCCCGCCUACGUGAGAGCGAGCGCCCGCUGUUGUACAUUAGGCACAUCUUUGUCAUGUACGAAGGGAUGAGCGAGGGGGCGCGGCUGGAGCAGUACAACGCGUUCCUUAACCACCGCACAGAUGUGCAGAACUCCGACGACAAGAAGAAGAAGAAAGCCGCAGCGCCACCCUCCGGGGCGGGGAAAAAGAAUCAGGUGUACACUAGCGGGUGGAAGCGCGAUGGACGGCAGCCCGACGGCAAAGGUGCCAUUCUGCUCUGCACGGACAUGGCCGCGUUCGGCCUCGACGUGCGCGACGUGGACUACGUCUACCACUUCGAGCCCCCCACAACGGUCCAGUCGUAUGUGCAUCGCAUCGGCCGUGUUGGCCGGAUGGGAAUGCGUGGCAGCAGCAUCCUUGUCUUGCCGUGCUUCAGCAAGGGGAGCUCGCUGACGACCGCCCGGGAACGCAAGACCACCAGUGAGCGCUUCAACACGCUCGCCAACACAAAGGGGUCCACCGCAGACCUGCAGUCUGUGCCUGUGACGGAGCAGGACCUCAGCGAGGCGCGCCGCCAAUAUCUACAGGAGUUGGGCGGCCGCAGCGAGCUGCAGUCGUACUCGGUGCCCCCCUUUGCCCCAAUUACAUCAACCGUUCGCAACGUCAUUGUGGAGAACAAGAAACUCAAGACGUUGGCGCAGUCCGCCGCUAUGUCGAUGUGCGCCGUCCCACGCGAUGCGGAAACUGCGGCUUCGUGGUUUGACCCCAAGUUGGCACUCCACGCCCUCCUCCUCGACUAA